UUCUGUGCAACUUUGCUGCUUCCUCGCCGUCUUGCCCCCGUCUCUUCCUCAUCCCAGCGGCGAUGCUCGGGGCAGAGCGCUCUGGCGGUCGCUCCUUCCUUCCUCUCGCCGCCUCGGGGAGAAGACGAUGCAGACUUUUGUCUCCCCGGUGGCCAAGGCGAUCUUCGUGGCUCUCUUUCUUUUCGCCAUCCUGCUGAUUCUCUAUGUGAUCCUCUGGUACAUUUGCAGAGACCCAGACAACCACUACAUCUGAAUGCAGAUCCGUCCAGCUGUUAGCGUCGGCUGAAGUGGGAUGUCGAGUGCUGCGCCUCGCCAGAUGGCAUGAAUGUGCUCUUCAUUGUUUCCGACGACCUGCGUCCUGUUUUGGGCUGUUAUGGAGACCUUGUUGUGAAAUCUCCAAACAUUGAUCAGCUGGCCUCACGAAGUGUUGUGUUCCAAAAUGCUUUUGCUCAACAAGCUGUAUGUGCCCCUAGCAGAGUAUCCUUUCUCACUGGGCGCAGACCAGACACCACCAGACUCUAUGACUUUCAUUCUUACUGGCGGGUUCACGCAGGGAAUUACACCACAUUGCCCCAGUACUUCAAGGAGAAUGGUUAUAUAUCCAUGUCGGUAGGGAAGGUGUUUCACCCAGGGGUUUCAUCCAAUCAUAACGAUGACUAUCCAUACAGUUGGUCUGUCCCACCUUUUCAUCCCUCUUCUGAAAAAUAUGAAAACACAAAGGUUUGCAAAGGGAAAGAUGGACAACUUCAUGCCAACCUUAUAUGCCCAGUGGAUGUUUCCGAGAUGCCCGAGGGUACGUUGCCAGAUAUCCAGAGCACCAAGGAAGCAAUCCGUUUAUUGAAUAUUAUGAAAGAAAACAACAGCAAAUUCUUCCUCUCUGUUGGGUAUCAUAAACCACACAUUCCGUUCAGGUACCCUCAGGAAUUUCUCAAAUUGUACCCCCUGGAAAACAUCACGCUAGCCCCAGAUCCCUCUGUUCCUAAAGGACUACCUUCGGUGGCGUACAAUCCCUGGAUGGACAUCAGGCGGAGGGAUGAUGUUCAAGCGCUAAACAUCAGCUUCCCUUAUGGGCCUAUUCCAGAAGACUUCCAGCGGCAGAUUCGUCAGAACUAUUUUGCAUCUGUCUCUUACUUGGAUAUGCUAGUCGGGAAGCUAUUGAAUGCCUUGGAUGACACAGGACUCUCCAAUAACACAAUUGUAGUGUUCACUGCAGACCAUGGGUGGUCUCUGGGUGAGCAUGGCGAAUGGGCAAAAUACAGCAACUUCGAUGUUGCAACUCGGGUGCCACUGAUGUUCUAUGUGCCUGGAAUGACAGCUCCUCUCUCUUACCCAGGAUACAGACACUUUCCUUUCAUUGACCUCUUUGACAGAGUUUUGAAACCUCUACCCCAAGGCAAACCCAAAGAAAUGGUUGAGCUGGUUUCUCUUUUCCCAACACUUGCGGAGCUUGCUGGAUUACGAGUUCCCCCUCUUUGCCCUGACACUUCAUUUCAUGUCUCUCUGUGCACUGAAGGGCAAAGCAUGGUUCAGUAUUUCCCAUCUGCUAAAGGAGGACAUGAGAGCAGCAGUGAAGAAGGAAAGCUGCACAGGCCGCCUAUUGCUUUCAGCCAAUAUCCUCGUCCCAGCGAUACUCCUCAGCUGAACUCUGAUUUGCCGCUGCUUAAAGAUAUAAGAGUGAUGGGCUAUUCCAUGCAUACUGUUUAUUACAGGUGCACCCUGUGGCUUGGGUUCAAUCCCAGCAACUUUACUGUUGACCGGAAUGACGUUCAUGGAGGGGAGCUGUAUUUUGUAGAAAGUGACCCUAACCAAGACCAUAAUGUCUAUGGAAGUGAGACACACGGUCAUCUUACCAAAACACUUUGCAGGAUUCUGGAGCACUGAGGUUGGGAUUAGCUUCCCACGUGUAAAACCUUGCGGCUGAACCAAUUGUUUCUUUUUAUAUAGUUUUGUGUUUCACAUAAAUACAACUGUAAUCCAAGAGAUUUCUUUGUGGGGGUCUCUUGGAUUACAGUUUGUGCUUGUGUGGAAUAAACUCAAAUACAACCAGCAUUCUUGUGUUUUUGUUUCUAAAAAGUUACUCUGUUCUUUUCUUGUAUUUACAGGUUCUUUUUUUUUUAAAAAAAUCCCUUUUUAUCAGAACAUUUCACAGUGGUGUAAAAAUAAAAUAACUCUAAAAUAUUUUUUUAAGAACCCUAUAAAGAAAGCAAAGAACCAGUGCAUGGAAGCAGCUAAGGACUUUGAUCAACAGAAUCAUUAUUACGUUUUUUUAAAGUCUUAUCUGCAAGAGAGUUUUUUAAAUUAAUCUAUGGAAGGCUAGUUUAUUGUAUGGGAAAUUUCCUGUUCCAAUUCUUCCUUCAACCCUAAACACAAAAGUUAGCCUUUGUAAGCUGCUGUGCUCUCAGCCUCUGCAAGCACCCAAGAAUUAGCACAAACUUGUACCAUAUGUUUUCCCUCCCUAUGGUUCCAACUGAUAGGCAAACUCUCAUGCAUAAUAAAAGAAUAUUUUCCAUUUAUGCCAUUGCAGAAAUAAACCAUAUUAUAGUAAUACA